AUGGGGUGUUUUUUCUCCCGAGAUAGAAACCCAAGAGAUUGGAGCAAAAGCAAGAGUGGUGGAAGAUUGCAGGGUCGUCGCAGUGAAGGUAGCACCAGAGGAGAUGGUGGUUUGGUUUCUGUACCGGCCAUGACAAUGGCUUUAACCGGUUAUGGUUCCACUGGUCAUCAUUCAAGUGGUCAUCAUGGCUAUGCGGGUGGAGGUGGCGGCGGAGGUUGUGGAGGAGGCGGUGGAGAUUGUGGAGGAGGUGGAGGUUCUAGUGUCGGCGGCUGCUGA